CAAUCAAGUGGAAACAUAAACAGAGCAGCAGUAUAACCGAAUAAGUCUCAGCGGAUCUAAGUUCGUUAAAAAUUGAAAUCGAAUUGGGUCAAGAUGUUGUGGGGAAUCAGCUCGGCGUUGGAUUUGUACGAUGAGUACUUGAAGGCCUUUAAGAUCAACGAUGAUCCGCUGCCUGGGGAUGGAACUUCCCAAGAGGAGGGAGCAGGUGGAGAUGGCUCUCUAAACAGCCUUAACAUCCUCAUUUGCGGUGGAGCUGAUCCGCGUCACGUGAUCAAAACUCUGGCCAAGAGAUACACCCAUCGCAUCAAACCGAAACUAAACAUUUAUGUUCUGGAAGGUUGUGCUGAGAUUGCAGCCAGACAUUUGCUGCUUUUGGGAGUGGCUCUGGAGGAUCCGGAGUCGUUUAGUCUGGUUUGCAAGGUGCAUCUGUUCAUGGAUCUCUACGGAAAUGCAGUGAUCCGUCCCAGCUCCCAUCACUACAUGGCUGCCAAAGGACGCGCUUUGCUUCAAAUAGUCACCGAUGAGGAAAAGCUAGAGCAACUGGCUCCCAUGAUAAAUAUUGAAGGUCUGAAGUACAAGGAGCGCGAUGGUUUGGAGAUGUCCUUCAGUUUCUGGCAGCCGCAUCCCUGGAAUGUCUUCGAGAUUACCUCCUACUGGGAGAAGCGAUUGAGGGCUCUCCUGGGCACCCGGUACGAUCAUCGUAAUGGAGCCUUCGAUUGGGAUUUGAGCAUGACUCUGAAGGAUCGCGGAGGACAGCAAAUUUGCUCGCAGGAGUACCGCUACUGGCGAGAAUCCGGAGUGGCUUUCGUUUUUCCCGAAUACGAACACUGCAAACCGAACAAAACGCUGGCAGCUGGUUUGAUACGAAACGGACGCACCUUCAUUCAUCGCGGGUAUGUGGGGGAUAUCCAAACAGGACCCUUUUGUGGGUUUGGAUUGCGCACCGUCGAGGAGCGGAUGCACCACUCUGUGCACGGGGAUAACGAUUAUCGGGCCACCGAUAUAACAGAGCGCAAUCUUCUGGAACUUUUCCACGAGCUGCAGACCCAGACUCCUUAUGAGCACGAUCCCACUCGCUCUCGAAGAUACGGAUCCGUUCAACUGCUGAUGACUCCUUUGCUCAACCACCAGGAAGUGGAUGCUGCGGGUCAGGCAUCCUACGAUAAACCAUGGAUUAAGAUCCCUGGGGUAACAGUGCACUAUGUGUCGCCAUUGGAUAUGGUGCAACUGCAGCAGGGCGCAAGUCGCUGGAACAACAUGUUCGAUGUCGCCUUUGUGGCCUACAACUAUUACAAUUUCCUGGGCAAGGAAUUCUUCCAAGCUUUGCGUCCGCAGGCUCUUUUCAUACUUGAAACCAAACUUAUGACCGUGGAGCGCAAGGAACCUGUGAAGGAGUUCGAAGCCAAAGCCAAGGAGCUAAUGAAGCGGGUGGGCCUUAAGGCAGCUAUCAACUACCAAGCAAUCAAUGCCAAGAAUAUGUGGCUUAAAUACAAAAAGACUGAUAAAGAUGAACCGGAGGAAGAGCCGGAAGUUGAGCCAGAAGUUGAGCCGGAUAGUGUUUCAGCAACUGAAUGCGAUGAAGAUAAGAUUCUUGAAAAAGAAUACAAUGAAGAUAGUGGGGAUCCUCUUGAAAAAGAAUACAAUACUUCUGAAAAUAGCCCUGGUCUUGUAAUAGAAGAGAUUCCAUCCGUCGUGGCAGCAAUUAAAAAGGAAGUAGAGGAAGAAGGUCCGCUCCAGCCAAAGAAAACCACUCUGUAAUUAAUAUGGAAUACGAACUGAAGUAAAAUAAAAGAAAAAUUCAACGAAUACAA